AUGGCUGCUUUGCUGCCUGCCUUUCCAGAUCGCCCAGAAUUUCAGCAGGACUCAGAAGCUGCUGGAUACCUCCUGCCAGAGCAGAACAAGGUCCUGCAGGCAGAUUUGCGGCUCCCCAAUAGCGCAGUAGUUUGGGGCCCUGUCCCUGCAUCACGGUGUUGUACACAUACACCCUCAGCUUACCAGCCCUUCUGGCCAUGUGAUGUCAGCAGCCUGGGGUGCUGGACACUCACCGAUCAAACUCCAAUUUUACUGGAGCUGGCCCUGAAAGACCUUGGUCCUAAGGGGUCCUCUGAAGGAAGGAGAAACAACGGUCGUGCCAAAAAGGGCGGCGGCCAUGUGCAGCCAAUUCGCUGCACUAACUGCGCCCGCUGUGUGCCCAAGGACAAGGCCAUUAAGAAGUUCCUCAUUCGGAACAUCGUCGAGGCGGCUGCCGUCAGGGACAUAUCCGAAGCAAGUGUCUUCGACGCUUAUGUGCUCCCCAAACUCUAUGUCAAGCUGCAUUACUGUGUGAGCUGUGCUAUUCAUAGCAAGGUGGUCAGGAAUCGAUCUCGGGAAGCUCCGAAGGACCGAACACCCCCACCACGAUUUAGACCUGCUGGUGCUGCACCACGACCCCCACCAAAGCCCAUGUAA